UUGAUGUAUAUACUUUUGGAAUGUUAAUGUGGGAAUUCUCUUCCAAUAGACCUCCUUUUUAUGAUCGUCCACAUGAUGCAAAACUUUUUAAUGAUAUCUUUGAAGGUCUAAGACCUAAACAACGUGAUGAUGUUCCGGAAUGUUAUAGUGAUUUAAUGCAAUUAUGUUGGAAUACAAAUCCUACUCAUCGUCCUUCAAUAUCGGAUUUAGUAAAACGUUUCAGUGAUUGGCAUCUUUUUGCUAAAGAGAAAGAUCAAUUUGUUCUUUCCGAACAAAAAAGAAUUAAACGUGUUUUGGCUAAAGGUUUAAAUCCGGAUCCGGGUCGAAUGGCUACUCCUCCUAAAGUUCAUCCUCAAGCUAUAUAUACUAGUAGAUUAUUAAAAUUUCCCGCUCUUCCUAUACCAAAAAAUUCUCAAAAAGGUUUACCAAAAAGAGCUAAUUCUUAUAAUGAUAGUGAUAAUGGUCGUACUCAAAUGAGUACCAAAGAUUUGGCUUCCAUUCUUAUUCGUGAUGAAACUUAUCCCGAACCAGAGGUUGAACCUGAAGAUGAAGACGCUUUAAAACAAUAUGAAUUAUCUAUCCCUAAUGAUUUGGAUUGUGAUGUAUCUGACGAUAAGGAUGAUAAACCAUCACUUUCAGAAUUAAAUAUAGAAUCAAUAAAUAUUUCACAGGAUGAUUCUUCUACUAAUGGAAUUACUUGUUCUAGUCCCACUGGUAUUGAGAAUGAGUAUUCUUCAAAUGGAAUUUCAUGUGCUAGUUCUACUAAUGUGGAACAUGUAGAAUAA